AUGGAAGGAACGACUAAAGGAGUGUCAACAGCAUUACGAACAUAUCACCCAUUCUACGACAGUGAGAAUCCAUUUCUCAGUGCUGACUCGCCAUUACGAUUACGAAAGUCCAAAGAUAAACUUAGUGACAACGAGUCUGACGGUGAUGACGAUUGGGUCAAUGAGAAUGAUGCUGCUAACAAAGAAAACACGACCCCGCGCGCACGAAGAAUAGUAGCAACACCAACAGUAUUACCAUCUCCCUAUAUUCAAAAUGAUACAACGACGCCACCAUUACCACCAUUCGGUACGCCUGUAAAAGGUAUUAACACGCCCGUGCAGGAUGUUGAUACGCCUGUAAAACGUAUUAGCGUGCCUAUUCAAGACAUUAAUACUCCCGCACAAGGCAUUAGUAAGACACCUACACAGGAUAUGACUGCAUCUGCCCAGGAUGUGACCACACCUAUACGGAAUGUAACCAAGCGCACACAGGAUGUGACUACACCUGUGCAGGAUAUGACGACGCCCGUACAGGAUAUGAAGACACCUGUACAGGAUAUGAAGACGCCUGUACAAAGAAUCUACACACCUGUACGUGGUAUUAAUUCACCUUUACAAGCUGUACGUCAAGUUACACCGUCUCGCUCAUCAACUUCCUCACCAAGAAGAAAGCAGAUACGUUCUACUUCGAGACGAAUGCGAGUAAGAAGAGUGCAGCGGGUUAAUCCAGCGGUUUAUGACGUGAAAGAGCCGUGGUAUAUUAAAGCUGGAUCAAGAUUGUCGACUUAUACAAAAGAUGCAGUGUGCAUAUUAAAGCAUACAUGCAAUGUCGUGUGGAUGAGGAUGACAUGGAGAUCGUUUCUGUUGGUUAUGUCGUUCAUAAUAUUAUAUGACGCUAUGUCUAAAGUGUGGGAUUAUGAUGAGAGAAGUAUGCUAUUAGCAUUACGCGCCUGUUUAUUAGUAGAUUUAAGAACACUUGACAAGAAAACAAUGUAUUAUUUUGUAGAUUUUCAGCGAGAAGUCAUUGGUGCCUAUGUAUUUAUCAUCUGCUUUCUUAUGUUCCUAGUCAUAAAGUACAUAUUUGGACCAGCAUAUUCUCUGCCACAACCACUGCCACAACCACAACCACAAUAUCUCUUCCUAUCUACAAACGCACCUUCAUCAAUGUCUCCUCAGUUCAGCACAAUGUCUGUACCAGUGUCUCCUCAUUUCAACUCUAUAGAAUAUCCGCCUCCUACAAACUUUUUCAAUGGAUGA